UCUUUAUCUUUUUUUUCGACACCAUGCCUAAACUCACUGCCAAAGCCGCUAGAAAGACGACCUCAGUUCAAGAAGAUAUGAGAGCCUUUGGCCCCAUUUUCAACAAGGAUCUUGGUCAACACAUUCUUAAGAAUCCUCUUGUAGCUCAAGGUAUUGUGGACAAGGCCAAUCUUGUUGGAUCAGACACAGUUCUCGAAAUCGGUCCCGGUACUGGUAACUUGACAGUCCGUAUUCUUCAGGCUUGUAAGAAAGUGUAUGCUGUUGAAAUGGAUCCUCGUCUUGCUGCUGAAUUACAGAAGCGUGUGCAUGGAACACCAGAUCAAAAGAAGCUUCAUAUCUUGUUGGGUGAUUUCAUGAAGACUGAACUUCCUUAUUUCGAUGUCUGUAUCAGUAAUACCCCCUAUCAAAUUUCCUCCGUCUUGGUGUUUAAGCUAUUAGAGCAUCGUCCCAUGUUUCGUUGUGCCAUUCUGAUGUUUCAGCGUGAAUUUGCCUUGCGUCUUGUCGCCAAGCCAGGAGAUGAACUCUACUGUCGUCUCUCUGUGAAUGUUCAAUUAUUAGCUAAAGUAGAUCAUGUCAUGAAGGUUGGUAAGAACAACUUUAGACCUCCACCUAAAGUAGAAUCCUCUGUGGUUCGAUUGGAACCCAAGAACCCUCCUCCUCCUGUGGAUUUCAAGGAAUUUGAUGGUUUAUUGCGUAUUUUAUUCACUAGAAAACACAAGACCUUUUCUGCUAACUUUAAACAAACAACUGUGUUGAACAUGCUUGAACAAAAUUACAAGACAUAUUGUGCUGCACAUGAAAUGAUGGUUGAAUCUGAUUUUGAUAUUAAAUCCAAAGUGGUGGGUGUCCUUGAAGGCGUUGGCAUGUCUGAAAUGCGUGCUGCUCGAUGUGAUUUGGAUGAUUUCCUCAAGCUUCUGCUUGCAUUCAAUACUGCCAAUAUUCACUUUUCUUAAUCAUUUAUUAUUAUAAU